AUGAUUAACCCAAUUGAUAAAAUUAUUGAAGAAACAUUUGUUUAUAAAAUUGACAUGCUUCAUAAUCUUUCUUUAUCAUCGAAUGCUUCAAUGAUUCGUUACGCUUUAGCAUAUAAAAACUUUAAUCCUAAUGAAAACUAUCUUGAGGAAGAGAUAGAAUCAAGUUUUGAAUUAACGAAAAAGUAUUGGAAAUAUAAAAUUGAAUCAUAUAAGAAACAAGAUGAAAAAGCAGAAAGGGAUAGUAAAAAUAAUGUUUCAAUGGAUGAUUUUCAAUACUAUCAUGAUUUAAUCCUUUCAUCUAAAUGCAAAAUGUGCGGUAAAGCGUUUACAUAUGCAAAUAAACCAACAUUGGAUAGAAUCGAUAAUGAAAAACCACAUACCAAAGAAAAUUGUCAGUUAAUGUGUUGUUAUUGCAAUAUCGUGAAAUCAAAUAAAGAUGAAGAUGUUCAACGUUUAAGAAUCAAUUUAAGAAAUUAUGCAUUAAAAAAUAAUUUACCAAUGACUUUAGAUUCAGUUGAAGCUUAUCACAUUCUCCGUAAUGGAAUUACUGGUGGUUUAUCAAAUGUUCAACAUAGAGUAAAUCUUAAAGGAAUCACGCACAUUAAUAAACUUUCAUAUAAUCCAGAAACUAAAACUGUAUCAAAUGAGGACACCACCAACAUUAUGACUCAUUUCGUUGGUGUUGAUUUUAAUUCAUUAUAUCCUUCAUCAUUUUCAUCUAAUCCUCAUGAUUUCAUUCAAUAUACUGACCAUAAAAUGUAUAUGCCGGGAAGAUUGAAUGGUGUUAUCAUUUGUGAUACAGCAACAAAGAAAGCAAAAGCAUUGGGAAUAAUUAAGAAGAAAAAUACUUUAUUCGUGGCUGAAGUAAAGG